AGAAGCAGAGAUAAGAAAUACUAUUUUAGCUCAAGUUCUUGACCAAGCAGCUCGUGCAAGAUUAAGCAAUUUAGCACUUGUGAAACCAGACAAAGCAAAAGCAGUAGAGAAUUACCUGAUCCAGAUGGCAAGAUUUGGACAGCUGGCUGGAAAGGUAUCCGAGCAAGGUUUGAUAGAAAUACUCGAAAAAGUCAGUCAACAAACAGAAAAGAAAACAACAGUGAAGUUCAACAGAAGAAAAGUGCUGGAUUCUGAUGAAGAGGAUGAUGACUAA